GAUAUGAUAGGGCUCGUCUCGUGGCCGUCCGGGUCAACUGCCGACAUGCUUCUUGUCAGCCAGUCCCCGCUCCUCGUGCCUCUCCUCCGUUCCUGACAGCGGGUGGCAUAUGGAUCCUGCCCUGAAGAUGCUCUUCCCGAGAACCGUCAUCCCCUCGGGCAAACAGCGGAUGCGCGACGGAUCACCGGUCGGGGUAGGCUUCCCCCGUUGAGCAGGUUCAGGAAAUUUCAUCAUCAUUCCUGGUUUUCUCCGGGCUGGUGCAGCGUUUGCGGGGAUUGAGGGCACCUAUAAGUAUGACCGCAAUGGCCGGUCCAGCUGGCUCAUCACACGCAGUUCCCUUUGAGCAAGGCCGGCGUCAGUAUGCCCUCCAUCUGCCAAGUGUCCACCUUCCUCGCCCUCGCGGGCCUGGCAGCGGCCGCCCCGCGCAAGCAGGGCAAGCCCACUCUUCACAAGCGGGAGGCGCUGCCGGAGUAUGCCAUCACCUACGCACCCCUGUCCUACCUCUACAGCGGCGAGAAGUGGUGGCCGUCCGAUAUCACGGUUCACCUGGCCAACGUCGAGCCCGAAGUGAAUUACACCGCCACCGGGGCCAACGAUUCAGUGACCCUGGACACCCUUGACUCCUUGGCGUCGGAUGUCUAUCUCACAGCCUCUGACGGCCCGAUUCUGGACCCCUCGAAGAGCACCCCGGCGUGGCUCGCAUCCGACUAUGGAAUUCCCGACAGCGAUGGCCUCAGCGCCGCCCCGGGACUGAUCAUUGCCGCCGAGAAGAAUAGUACCACGACCGACGUGUUCUACUUCUACUUCUACUCCUACAACUACGGUGGAGAGGUCCUGGACAUCCACUUUGACGACCACGUUGGAGACUGGGAGCACGUCAUGAUCCGGUUCGUCGACGAAGAGCCAUACGCCAUCUACUGCUCUCAGCACAGCGCGGGGUCGGCCUACUACUGGGACGUGGUGGACUUCUCGGGCGACCGCCCCCUCACCUACAUUGCCUACGGUGGACACGCUAACUAUGUCACGGCGGGCACUCAGGACUACACCAUCGCGUUGGGCAUUGUGAGUGACACUACCGACGCGGGCUACCUGUGGGACAUGACCCUCAACUACCGCGGCUAUUGGUAUGAUGUGGACACGGAGGAGUUCAGUAUCGCCGGGGGCGCGGGCACCGGCGCCACCGAGGAGGGCACUGAAACCGCCGACUGGCUCAGCUGGCUGGGCUACUGGGGUGACGAGGAGUACCCCGAUGGGCUCCUCAAUGACAUUGAGACUGGCCAGUAUUGCAUCGUGGGCGAGUGCCACUACACCAGCGGCCCCACCGGGCCCGUGGAUAAGAACCUUGGUCGGACGACUGUGUGCCAAAAGGAAGAUAACUGUACCAUUUUUGACAGCAUUGAUGAUCUGACGCACCAGUCCUAGGCUGAAAGCUGUUGUCGGG